AUGGCUACUAAAUUUCUAUCAAGACCUUUGCAAGAAGAAUUGGUCAUGCAGAAGAGAAAUGGCGUGCCUCAAGUACGCCAUCGCCAUUGCAUGACUACUAAAUUUCUAUCAAGACCUUUGCAAGAAGAAUUGGUCAUGCAGAAGAGAAAUGGCGUGCCUCAAGUACGCCAUCGCCAUUGCAUGACUACUAAAUUUCUAUCAAGACCUUUGCAAGAAGAAUUGGUCAUGCAGAAGAGAAAUGGCGUGCCUCAAGGACUGAUUCCUCCAUACCUGUCAAGACCUUUUGGAGAAGAAUUGGUCAAGCAGAAGAGAAAUGGCGUCCCUCAAGCCCAAAUCAUACAGUCGUCAUCGCUUGAUCACUACAGAUUCACCACGCCACCUCUGGGAAGAAUCCGUCGAACAGAAGUGAAAUGGCGUUGCUCAAGAAGCAAUACUCCGUGGCCGUUGCUUGAUAACAUCUCUGAGAAGAAUCCAUCAAGCAGAAGAGAAAUGGCGUCGCUCCAGGACAGACUUAUCAAUCCAUCUCUGGGGAGAUUCCAUCUAGCAGAAGAGAAAUGGUGCUGCUUGAGACUCAUCAAGCCAUCUCUGAGAACAAUCCAUCCAGCAGAAGUGAAAUGGCGUCGCUCAACAAGACUUAGUAUCAAGCCAUCUCUGAAGAGAAUCGAUCCAGAAGAAAAGAAAUGGUGUCCCUCAAGACUCAUCAAGCCAUCUCUGAGAAGACUCCCUCCAGCAGAAGAGAAAUGGUGUCGCUCCAGACUUAUGAAGCCAUCUCUGAGAACAAUCCAUCCAGCAGAAGUCAAAUGGUGUUGCUCAACAACGUAA